AUGGGGUCUGAUGAGGAUUACCUACAGGCUACUAAGAUUGCCGCCUACAAUGGCUUUAUGGCACUCAGCACCGGCAUACCACAAGUGCAAUGCCCGACCGGGAAUUGUACAUGGCCAAUUAUCCCGACAAUCGGCGUUUGUGGGACUUGUCUGGAUGUUACAGAUGAUCUCCGCUUCACCUAUGUGAACGAGACGACGUGCGCACUGGAUAUACCUAAUGGCACGACACUGCAAAGAGAUGCAUGCGGCCCUCCAUACCCCUUUCGUAUUGGCAAGCAUUUCACCACCGGCCCAGGUUCUGGUCGUGUCUUCACCUCAUCCCCAAACAUACCAAGACGUGAGGCGUUUAAUGCGAUUGCUGAGUUUGGCGCCAUCGGUGUCUCGGAAAGCAGGAUAACGGCACAACCGAUGGUGAUGACCAACGACUCUAUUGUCGCCGAGUAUGCGCUGUGGUAUUGCCUUCAGACACGGGAAAUCCGGGUCGAAAUGGGCGAGUUGAGUGACAGGAUCACGGAAACCUGGAGCGAAGUACCGAUUGAUCACAAAUCAUACUUGUCCGACAAUGUCACGUUCGCCAACAUACCGUCUUCUAUGGGCACGGCCACGGGCGACUAA